AUAUUAUUUUCCGACGUCGUUUGAUGAACCCGCGAAUCCUUUAAAACCUAACCAGAGAAGAAGAACAACAACACACACCGUUCUCUUUCAAUUCAAUUCAAGAUUCUUCUUCAAUCUUCAAUCUUCAAUCUUCAAUCUUCAUUCUUCAACACAGUGCACUCGUUUCUGCAGUUAUGGCGGCACACACUGAAACCAACAUUGCUCCCUCAAAGCACCCUCUCCCUCCGCCAAACACCCUCGAUUCUCAAUCUGUUCAAAAACGGUUGCAGUCUGAAUUGAUGGCUCUCAUGAUGAGUGGAGAAUCUGGGGUUUCUGCAUUCCCUGAAGAAGAUAACAUAUUGUGCUGGAAAGGAACAAUAACAGGAACCAAAGACACAGUGUUUGAGGGAACAGAUUACAAGUUGUCACUUUCAUUCCCUACUGAUUACCCUUUUAAGCCUCCAAAGGUCAAGUUUCUAACCACCUGCUUCCACCCCAAUGUGGAUUUGCAUGGCAACAUUUGCUUGGACAUUCUUCAGGAUAAGUGGUCCUCUGCUUAUGAUGUCAGAACAAUUCUUCUAUCAAUCCAAAGCCUACUUGGAGAGCCAAAUAUUAGCUCACCACUAAACACACAAGCAGCACAGCUUUGGAGCAAUCAACAAGAAUACAGGAAGGUGGUGGAAAGGAUGUACAAAUGUCCUAGUGCAGUUGCUUGAAUUGGUUCCAGAAGUUCCUUCUCUGUGGUCUGCUCUGCUUUGGAGAAGAGAAGGAAUGCAAUUUUGAAGUCUGAAUUUCUACAAAUAAUUGUCUGUCUUUUGUUGACGAUUUUGAUUUUUGAUUAAGAGUAAACUGUCUAAUGAGUAGGUUAAUUUUCUUCUUCUCGAAGCCUUUGCUGUUGGCUCUCUCUACUUUGUACUAGACUGGGAUGUUAGAUACAUCAGAAUCAAUCAACAAUCGACUUUUUUUUUUUUCAUUUUAC